AUGAAGCUAAGCAUCCUUUCUUGGAAUGUGAGGGGGCUAAAUAAGAGGGAUAAACGCUUGAGGGUGAGUAAUUUGCUCAGAGAUUGGAAUGCAGAUGUUGUUUGCCUUCAAGAAACCAAGAUUCAGUGUAUGUCUCGAAAUAUUGUUCGUAGUUUAUGGGGGCGAAAUCAUGUGGAUUGGUGUUGUUUGGAUUCUUGUGGGGCCUCGGGUGGUAUUUUGAUCAUGUGGGAUACUAGGGUGGUGGAGAAAGUCGAUGUUUGUGUAGGGACUUAUUCCUUGGCCGUGUCUUUCAAGAAUGUGGUCGAUCUCUCGGCUUGGGCAUAUGCAGAGGUGUACGGUCCUAACCUUGAUAGGGAUAGAAGGUUUAUUUGGGAUGAGUUGGCUGGCGUUCUUAGUUGGUGGAAUUUGCCGUGGUGUAUUGGCGGAGAUUUCAAUGUGACUCGAUUCCCUAGUGAAAGAUCAGGUGGAGCUCGUCUAGAUUCUGCUAUGAUGGGUUUCUCUGAUUUUAUUUCUGAACAAGGGCUCAUGGACCUUCCUCUUGCCGGGGGUGCUUUUACUUGGUCGGUUUCUCAAGAUCCUCCUUUGUGGUCUAGGAUUGAUCAGUUUCUUAUUUCCCCAGAUUUGGAAGCUUGGUGA